UUUGAUGAUGGCCUUUGGAAUGUAAGGUCAAAAUAUCAAUUUUAAAAGAAACUUUUUCGACUCUGUUUCUUUUUUAAUGUUUACGCUUCUGGUUAUACUAUUGUUCGUAUGUGGAAAUUCAGGCUGACGAGGUUCUUGAUACACUAGGUUUUUAGAGGGAGAAGGAUGUAUUUUUGAAAGUUUACAUAAAUUACUAAUCAUUGGUGACGAUAAGUGAAGCGCUAUUAAAAUUGAAACGCCUGUUUUUACUCAGUACUUGAAUCAUCCUGCGACUUCUUAAAGGGGUUGUUGAAGGAUGUUUUAAAUGUGAUUAUAAAGUGAGUAUGACGUAUAUAUUUCAUAAACUUCUGUGAUCAAGUUAAAAAAAUUAAUAAUUAGUGAAGUUUAAAUCAAAGUCUUCUUCACAGUAAUUUAGAUUUUUAUCUUUAUAUUUUUGUUCUUAACGAAAAGAACGUGUCAGCGAUUAAACUUUAUACAACGUAGUGUCUAAGAAGAAAACACGAAUUUAGAAAACCUCAAAGAGGUAAACAAAAACAUGUGACUCAUGAAAAAGAGGUUGUCCUGCUUGAAUCUUAAAAACAAAAGUAAACAAACUGAAGAAAUAUAUUCUUUCCGUUUUGUCAUAAAUAAUGAAAGUUUGUGUCGAACUGGCGGAUACAUUUCACCCGCAUGACGUAAGCUGAAACCAUGGAUAAACUUACGAGUACCGCAAGUUCUUUUUGUGAGUUUUGUAUCAUGCGUUUUAUUUUCAGAAAUCUUGUUUAUUUUACGCGCAUAAACACUUGACUAAUCUUGAAAGAGAGUGAAAAGAAAAGUUAUUAUUUUAGCUAUUCAGAAAGUUGGUGUAGAGUUACAUGAAAAAACACAAAUAUAAUGCGAAAUAAACAAGCAAGACGUCGUUUUUUACUGUGAAAUCUACAUCUCGUGUGAGCGACUCGUCUUUUUAAAAAUGGCUGUUAAUAGAACGACUUCGAAAUCUUUGUUUGUCAACACAAACUUCUCUAACAAAGAAAACGAACCAUCCACUAUGUUACUUCUAUUAAAUGCUGUAUCGGAAGCUAAAAACAAAAAUAUUAAAAAAGCCAACGUCGAAUUCAAUCAGAGUUUCUUGGAAACGAAAGAGAAAGAAGAAUUAUUUUUAUCCAAAGUAUUGGAGCUUGAAUAUCAAGAUUUAGAAGCGUUAUUUUUAUGCAUCUGUGGUUCAGAGAAAAAUAGGCGCUCAUCGAAACAGCAAGAAAAGCGAGGUAGUUUAAAAAAAUCUUCUGUUGGGGAUUUAAGUUUUUCCAACAACGCUUACGAAAAUGAGUUGAAGUUAAAUUUACAAAAUGGUUCCCUUGGACGUAAACGAAGUCAAGUGAGUUUAAAUGAAGAAAGUAUACAAGGAAAAAACUGUUUACGGAAAGCGUAUUAUUUACGUCGCGAGAUUAUGAAGGUGGACUUUGAAGAAGAUAGCAUUCGUACAAUGAUUAGUAUACAUUUGAAAGCUGAAAAUUACUACCCUUGUGUCGUACUUUUAACAGACAUACUCAGUAAAUCAUUUUUCGAAUCUAUUUUAAUAAGUCUUGACGAUUCAGAGAAGUUUAAAAUGGGACAGAUUUGUGUGUUUGUCGUUACAAAUGUUCUUCAAAACAAAAGCUCCCCUUCAAGUACUGACUUUGAAACAGCUAGUGAGCAUGCGCAACUCGCUUGUAAGUUAAUGCCAAAUGAAGAAAAACCGUUUGAGUUGUUAUGUAAAUUAUACAGAAAAGCAAAUGAGACUUCAAAGGCUUUAGCUAUAGCUAAAACAUUUCUAGAAGAAGUGAAUAAAAGUGCUGAAGAAAUUAUUAUUCAGAAAGUAUUUUGCUUAAUUGAUAAUGCCGAUUGUGUUAAAGCUUUGCAUUUAAUUGAAAGCACGCUCUCUGAAUGCGAAAUCAGAAAUUUAAAAGAAUUCACCAUUUUAAAGGGUUUUUUGUCCUUUCUAUCUGAAGAUCCAGCAAAGGGCAUGGAUAUUUUUCGUACGUAUAAAGUGGACGAACACAGAACGACUAUAGUGAACAUUCUAGAACAAUUUCAUAACCACGACCUCCGCUUUAUUCUUCACGAAGCCCAGACAUGGUUUCAGCAACUUUUGAAUGAUUUCAAAGAAAUUGAUAGUGACGAUAUGAAAAGUGAUGUUUAUGAAGCCAAGCGAAUGCUAAUGCUUGUCAGCUACUUACUUUCAUAUAAAAAUCCUGGCCAACUUUCACUCGCCAACUUACACGUGGAUUGCCUUGUCUUAUGCGGAGAAUAUGAGCUGGCUCAAGCUUUUCUUGUUAAGCUAGUAAAAGACUACCCAGGGGAAAGACUACCCAUGGUUUACUUAGCGAAUUUGAGGUUAAAAUUAGGCGCUUACGUAGCUGCAACGGAGGAUUUUCGCACGUUGUACAUGAUGUGGGGAAUGCAAGGCUUACUUGAUGAUCUCUCCAAUCUACCUAUUGAAGAUCGAAAAGAAAUCGCCCGCGUACAUCGCCUUCAUGGCUUUCGUUUUUUUAACCGAACUGAAGGGUUCCACGAAGCGGCAGAAUGCUUCUCGGUUGCUAUCUCAGCGAUUGGACUAUCGGCAACUGGUUUGUUUUUAUCACGUGGUUUUUGCUACAUUCACAUGAAUGAAUAUAGCAAAGCUAUAGACGAUUUCAAUAAAUGUUUAAAUGCAGACGAUUCUAUUGCAGCGGCUUUGUGUGCACGUGCUGUAUUAUAUGCAGUCACUACACACGUAGAGGAAGCCAUAUUGGAUUUCCAGAAAGCAUUCUCCAUCGACGCCAGCGCAUGUCUGCUAUGCUUGACAAAACUUCCAAUGGAACAUGCGUUGACUUUCGGACAGUUGAUUAUACAAUACAUCAAACAGGAACUCGAGGAGACUACCAAACACAAAAAAACUCAUCACCAUCUUAAUGAUAUUCAUUCAAUGGAAAAUAUUUCACAUCAUAUUUUUAACAUCGAAACAGUAAAGUACAGUGAAUUCCUUUGUAAAGUCUUCCCAAACAACACAGACUACGUGUCGACCUAUAUUGAAGCGUUAUAUGUGGCGAACGAGUCAUCCGCGGCUCAUUACGAAACAAACAGCGCCUUAAAUACGUUCCCGGGUAACCCCCUGUUUGUGGCCUGGAAAGGUGUCUUUUUAACGCAACAAAGAAAAUUUGACGAUGCUACUACGUACUUAAAAGACGUGAAAACCAACGCAGAGGAAGUGUUGCAUAUUUUAUCCUAUUUAGAUCAGAAAAUGAAGAAAAAUAUUUUUGAUAAAGUAACAAGCAAAGCACGAACUCUAGCCGACAUUCAAAAGCACGGUGAGGCCUUAGCGUAUUACAACAUCGCGUCUAUGCUAUAUACAAAAGAUGUAGCUUCGAUUCGAGGUAGAAUGGAAUGUCAUUAUAAAAUAGGCGAGACAAAGAAAUGGUUGCGCGACUUGGGCAAGGUGAUUAACUUGCAACCUACUGCUGAAGAUAUAUGUUUACGAGCUCAGUAUUAUCGUUCACAAGGUGAGGACUUAAAAGCAUGCGAGGAUUACAUUGCAGCCCUCACCGUAGAAGAAGAGAAAACAAUUGAAAUUGUGACAAUCAACUCGAAUGGCGAUGAAAUUGUCGAGUUGUUUUAUUCGUGCGCGUGGUGCAUGAUUGAAAUGGAUAAACACGCAGAGGUUUUGCGGUUGUGCAAUGCCGGGUUGAAAUUUGAUCCUUACCAUAAGAAUUUGAAACAACUGAGAGAUAAAACGAGAUCGAAUGUCAGCAAAUGUGUCAUACAAUAGCAGGACGUUUAGUCACGUGACGUCGUGUUGAGUACACGUGUCAUUUCACACCCAAUAAAAUCAAAUUAUGUAUGAUAAUUAAAAUCUCGUGUGUUGCGGGUGUUUGUAGUAUAUUUAUUUACAUAUUUUUAUUUUUUGUAUUGUCUAUCCAUUUUUCUAAAAACUGAUCUAGAAAUUUUCUUUGUUGUCUUUUUCUAGCUAAUAUUUACAUUAUGAAUUUUUUUUAAACUGUUACGGUUGGACUACACGAUCGUGCUGGUUUCUAAAGCCCCCCGUCCUAUGUAUGUAACAGUUAAAUAACAAGGAUGAAAAAAGCUACCCCAGUUUCAUGUAGUGUUAACAUCUCAUUCCUCCUAAAAUGUCAAAAUGUGCUAAUAACAUGUUUUCAUAUUGGUUCUGUGGUUGCUGUGGAAACAAGAUAUUUUUUGUUUUUUUAUGAUCAUCCUCAUGUUUUCUUUAUUUUACUCUUUUCUUAGAAUUUCUUUUUAUAUAUAAUUUUAUAAUUGUUUAUAGCCUGUGAAUUUGUACAAAGAAAUAUUUUUUAACAGAAUUAACUUUUAUAUAGCAACCUCAGACUAUCUUUAGCCAGCAAAUUUGAGUAACAGAAAAUCUGGUUGUUGUUUUUUCACCAGUUCCAUUGAAUUACCUUACUGGGUACAAAGUUUCCCGACAAAUUUCGGGCGUUAUCCGACGCGAAAAAUGUUUAGUGUCCCUGUAAGUUACUUACCAUCUAUUACCCAGUGAUUCUAUUUCGCUUUCUGAUAUCUAAUUGGCGAAAAGUAAAGCGAAUAAAGAUCAGCAAUAUUGGUUUGUAUAAAUUAAUUUUUGUGACAAUUAGCCUUGUGACAAUUAGCCUUGUUGAUAAGCUAUACCAAAACAAGCUACAACGAUAAAAAUAAUAGUCGGGAAAUUAUCCGUUCUUUUCUUGAAAUGGGAAAAAAGCAUCACUUAGCCAGUACUCUGCAGCCGGCAGUCUGCAAACGUUUUACCUUGGCAGAGGUGUAGGACGAAAAACCACCGUCGAAAUUGUGUUAGCUGCACUUUUCACAAUAUUCGCGUUAUUGAGCAAUCCUUUCAACGCCCUGGAAAGGUCUAAACUAUUGCGGAAUUGAAGUGCGCUGACGUCAGCAAAAACUGUCACUGUUUUUAAGAUUUUGGAUGUAAGCAUUUAACUGAAUCCUAACUCCGCUGUGAACAUUGAUAAAUGAACUUUGACAAGUUUGCAAAUAGAAACAGCGUUCCUUGAAACGGCUUGUCGUUGCGAUCUUUGAAAUUUCGCCUUUUUUCCCAACAUAUUAUAUACGGGGUUGUAUACAUCAUGGAAACGACUCCAUUUUUCUUCUUAAAGGCGAAAAAAUUUAUAACUGAAAAUUUUAGAACUCCAAAAUAAACCUCGGAACAACGUUAUAUUCACGAUCUCUUCUGGAAAGCUGAUGUUGGUACGAAAUAUAUAACAACCUAGAAUAAUGGGUGUUGUGUUGGCAGAUGUAAAGGCCGGAGCAUACCACCAAACCAAUCCAACAUGAAAAAUGAUGCAUUUCAAUCAGAAACUUUCUUUGAUCUUGUCGAAAUUGUUGGAUGAAAGGUUGAACUGGUUUACUUUUUAUACGUCAUAGAAACUGUUAUAAAGCAUCACAAAAAUGCAACAGAAGAAGCCUGUGCGUGCAUGGUUUCGGUCCUGAAGUACGCACCUUAGAGAUGUUAGAAGCAGGAAGAGAAAAUGAGGAAAAUUGAACCUUUUUUUGUGAAUACUCGACGCAUCGUUUCAAUCAAUGUUUUGUUAUUAUAAAACUCGGUUAUGUUUCAUCAUGGAGAAGACUCCUUUCUAUUGUUAUAUUUACCAUUUUUUUAUUGGAGAAGUUGUAGCUAUGUAUUGCUGGUGAUUAUGCUAAAAAAUCGUAUACAGUGCAAACGCUAUUAUCUAUAUUAUAAUGCCCGUAUACGUCUGUCCGUCCGUCCGUCUAUCUGUCGCUCAAAAUGGUAGCUUAGCUGCGCAAUUGCGAGAAGCACGCAAUGCGGUAUAAAAAGGACGGGAGAACCCGUGGAUUUUCCACGGGCUAACGACUAGUCUAUAUUAUAACACCCGUAUUUGUUUGUCUGUCCGUCUGUAUGUCACGCAAAAUGGUAGCUUAACUGCGCUGGUAGCGAGACGCAUGCAAUGUGGUAUAAAAAGGACGGGUGAACCCGUGGAUUUUUCUGGGCUAACGACUAGUUUGUAUUAAAGAUAGUAAUUUACAAAAACGUUUUGAUCAUGCUGAUGGAGAGGAUACAUCAACAUUAUUGAUCGAUUUGACCAAAGCUCCGACUCUGUUGUUAAAGCGUUAAGAAAGUAGAACAACAGUCGCUAGAUAAUUCUGAAUGACAUAGAAAGGACGUUGUUAAGACGUCACAAGACGUUAUUUCAAAGUUAAAAAGAAGUUGAAUAACGGUUGCCAGAAUAUUUCUAAACAACAUGGAAACGACGUUGAUAAGACGUCACAAGACGUUUCAACGUUAAAAAAGAAGUUGAAUAAAGGUUGUGAAAGCAUUUACUGUUUCAUCGUUGAAAAUACGUUGUUGUCUGACGUUAAAUAGACAUCGGAAAAAGACGUAAAAAUACUUUCAUUUACAACGCAAAAUCAACGUCUAUUCAACAUCAUCACAUCCAACGUGUUUUUAACGUUGAUUCAACGUUGAAGUGCCCACUGGGUUUAGUAUUGAACUAAAAAGUCACUUCUCCUCCACUAUACGGAAAUAGUCAAGCGUACGAGGUCCUGGUACAACAGACUUGAAAUUCGACCAAAAUUAAGCAUGCAGAGAAACGUAAUAUAUCCGUGACGUUUUGAUCAAAGAUGGUGUUUUAGUGGCGGGAUUUGUAAAGUGUUUUACUGGCGGGUUUUGUAAAAUGUUUAACUGGAUUUUUGUAGCUACAAUAUGUCUGCUAUGUAUGUAAAGUAGGUUUUUUAGAAUAAAUACAUUCUUUCAUAUUGUUUUAUAUUUUUUUUUCAAUUUUACUGACCACGUCUGAGAUACGCAUAUCUUCAUUUAAAUCCCAGAAGGUCAGAAUUUUAUUUAGCUGUAUAUUCCACAGCUAAUUAAAACAUACUAGUAUGCUACCAUUAUAGAUAUUCAAAUCAAAUGCUUAAAUGAGACACAAGAGGUUGUUUGAUUUAAAAUUAGGUUUUGCUGGAAGCUGCGUAAUAAAAACAGGAAUGAGUAAAAAGAAGAUAUUUCAAACCACAUUAUCAAUUUUAGUUUUCAUAACAAUAAUAUUUAUUAGUAGCGUGUUUGUUAGGAAUUAUGGCCAGACUGUAGUUCACGUAAAUAUCACAAGACCUUUUAGCGAAAAUAUCACGGAAACUUAUUUUUUAUUUAUUGGAAUACAGUCACAUUUUGCUGGAAAUGUGGAAAGAAGAGAGAUCAUUCGAAAAACUUGGUUACAAUUUUGCUCUAAAGACAUCGGCUGCCACUACAAAUUUUUUUUUGACGGGCUAGACAUACACAACAAAAAGUUGCCGAAAGAAGUUUUUGAACAAUACAUGAACGAGUCGAGAAACAACAAUUACGAUAUUGCUGUGAUAGAUUCACCGCCAGGUCGUAAUUUCGCUGUUCGGACUUAUAAAUCGAUGCACUAUGUGAUGAAACACAUGAAACUUAAAUAUUAUCUCAGGAUAGAUGACGAUCAUUACUUGUGCGUACAGAGAUUGAUUUACGAACUAAAACUCAGACCUGUGGAAUGGUUAUAUUCCGGAUACACGCAUUGUAAACCAGCUCGUAUUGACGAAGGAUAUCAGAUGUUUUCUUAUAAUUUGUUACAAAUCUUCUACAAGAAGAGCGACCUUGUGUGCACUGAGUUUGGUACUGACUCCAUCUCGAGUUGGGUUUAUGAUGUUAUGGACACGCAGGACGUCACAUGGUUCUCAGAAAACAAGAGAAUCUACCAAGGUCAAGCCUCACUAAAUUCAGCUCUGCGAAGAAGAAAGGAACUUUGCCAAACGUAUAUAUCACUUCAUGGAACAUAUCCCAAAGAAAUGGAGAUUUUUCACGAUAUUGUUCUGAAGGAGGAAUUUCACGACUAUGACAUUCCACGUCCGUAUCACGUUUGUCCUGAUCACCGUCGUGUUAACUUACUUGUAGAAUUAAAAAGCGCCAAAGAUCAGAUGCCUUGUGAAAACGCUGUAUUUAAGAAAGACGCACGAGGUUGGGCAGGAAGGAAUAAAAGACCACUAUAAUUUUACUUUCACUUUCAAAGACAAUUUUUCACUGAAUGGCUUUUCAUGUUAUUUAUCUAAGAGAAAUGUUUAUCCCAAAAGUA